AUGGCAAAAAAAUAUGAGGGAUGUGCUGUGGGAAUUGAUCUUGGAACAACUUAUUCAUGUGUUGCUGUGUGGCUUGAUGAACACAAUAGAGUAGAGAUUAUUCACAAUGAUCAAGGCAACAGAACAACACCUUCUGUUGUUGCUUUCACUCAUGAUCAAAGAUUGAUCGGUGAUGCUGCUAAGAAUCAGGCUGCCACCAACGCACAAAACACUGUUUUUGAUGCUAAGAGGUUAAUUGGUAGGAGGUAUAGUGAUUCUAUUGUUCAAAAUGACAUAAAGUUGUGGCCAUUCAAGGUCAUUGCGGGUGUGAAUGACAAACCUGUGAUUACAGUUAAGUACAAGGGUCAAGAGAAGCAAUUUUGUGCUGAGGAAAUAUCAUCUAUGAUUCUGAAAAAGAUGAAAGAGGUUGCCGAGGCAUAUAUAGGGUCUCCUGUAAAAAAUGCUGUUGUUACUGUUCCUGCUUAUUUCAAUGAUUCUCAGCGAAAAGCCACCAUAGAUGCUGGUUCUAUUGCUGGCCUUAAUGUCAUCCGGAUAAUCAAUGAACCUACUGCGGCAGCUAUUGCAUAUGGCCUUGACAAGAGAAUUGAUGGUAAACGAAAUAUUUUUGUCUUUGAUCUUGGUGGUGGUACUUUUGAUGUAUCUAUUCUCACUAUUAAGGGCGAUGUCUUUGAAGUAAAAGCCACAGCUGGAAACACUCACCUUGGGGGAGAGGACUUUGAUAACAGAAUGGUGAACUACUUUGUAGAGGAGUUCAAAAAGAAGAAGAAUAAUGUGGACAUUAGUGGGAACCCAAAAUCAUUACGGAGGUUGAGAACUGCUUGCGAGAGGGCAAAAAGGACACUCUCUUUUGCUUUUGCCACCACUGUGGAGGUGGAUUCUUUAUGUAUGGGAAUCGACUUUUCUUCAUCAAUCACUCGUGCUAAAUUUGAGGAAAUUAAUAUGGACUUUUUCAAUGACUGUAUGACAAUUGUUGAUAGUUGUCUUAGGGAUUCAAAGAUAUGCAAGAGUGAUAUUGAUGAUGUUGUUCUUGUGGGUGGCUCAUCUAGGAUUCCAAAAGUGCAAGAUCUAUUGCUAGAAUUUUUCAAGGGGAAGGAGUUGUUCAUGCGUAUCAACCCAGAUGAAGCUGUUGCUUAUGGUGCAGCUGUUCAUGCGGCUAUUUUGAGUGAAGGCUUUAAGAAUGUACCUAAUUUGGUGCUACAAGAUGUUACCCCACUGUCACUUGGAAUUGGUAUCCAACAAGAUGUCAUGAGUGUGGUGAUUCCUAGAAACAGUUCCAUACCUGUCAAGAAGACACAAAGAUAUUCUAAAUUUGAUGCUUAUCGCAAUCCCAUUAUUAAUGUUUAUGAGGGAGAGAGAGCACGAGCUCCCGACAAUAAUCUGCUAGGUUCAUUUGUUCUUUCUUGUCUUCCAAAUGCUCCCCGUGGCACCCCGUUGGAGGUAUGCUUUUCUAUCAAUGAAAAUGGCAUCAUGACGGUUUAUGCUAAGGAAAUAUCUACUGGAAAUAUGAAUGAGAUCACCAUAACAAAUGACAAAGAAAGGUUGUCAAGAUUUGAUAUUAAAAGAAAGAUUGAAGAAGCUGAGACAUACCAUGUGGAAGACAUGAAAUUUUUAAAGAAGGCCAAGGUAAUGAGUGCAUUGGAUUCUUGUGUAUACAAUAUGAAGACUGCUUUACAGGAGAAGGAUGUUAAUCUUAUUCUCGCCCCUCAAGAAAUAGAGAAGAUCAACAAUGCAAUUACUUUCGCUAUGAAUUUGCUUGAUAAGAAUAACCUACAGGAAGAAAUAGAUGUUAUUGAGGGUCAUCUGAAUGAGUUGCAGAGCAUGUUGAAACCCCUUAUAGCCAAGACUAGACGUGCCGUAGGAAUAGACCUUGGAACGACAUAUUCAUGUGUUGCUGUGUGGCUGGAGGAAAAAAACAGAGUUGAGAUUAUUCACAAUGAUCAAGGAAACAAAACAACACCUUCUGUUGUUGCUUUCACUGAUGAUCAAAAGCUGAUUGGUGAUGCUGCUAAGAAUCAAUCGACGACCAACCCUGAAAACUCCGUCUUUGAUGCUAAGAGGUUAAUUGGUAGAAAGUUUAGUGAUUCGGUUGUUCAGAAAGACAUAAUGUUGUGGCCAUUUAAGGUCACUGCUGAUGUGAAUGACAAACCCAUGAUUACUGUGAAGUACAAGGGUCAAGAGAAACAAUUUUGUGCUGAGGAAAUAUCAUCUAUGGUCCUUACAACGAUGCGAAAAGUUGCAGAGACAUAUCUAAUGACACCUCGAAAAGCCACCAUAGAUGCUGGUGCCAUUGUAAGCUUUUCUAUCAAUGAAUAUGGCAUCUUAACCGUUUCUGCCAAGGAAAUAUCUACAGGAAAUACAAACGAGAUCACCAUAACAAAUGAAAAACAAAGAUUGUCAACAUGCGAAAUUAAAAAAAUUAUUGAAGAUGCUAAAAGAUACCGCGUCGAAGACAAGAAAUUUUUAAGGAUGGCCAAGGUAAGUAAUGAAUUGGAAGCUUGUGUUUACAAUAUGAAUAAGAUUUUAAAGAUGAAGGAGGUUAGUUUACAGCUCUCCCAUAAAGAAAGUGAAAAGAUUAUCAAUGCAAUCAUUGUGGCGACAAACUUGCUUCAUAUGAAUAACAAAGAGAAAGAAAUAGGUGUUCAUAAGUAUCAACUGAAGGAACUAGAGAAAAUGUUGAAACACCUUAAAGUUAAGGCAGGCAUUGAGAAGCCCAAAUUUUCUUUUUUAAGAUCUCUUAUUAACAGCUUGGAGGAUCUUGUUCUCCACAGUUAAUAAUCUUUUUUGGU